AUGAGCGCCAUGAGCAUCUUUGACUUGAGCAGUCGAAGUCGAGAGGCUGAGCUUGGUCAGGAUGGAAUGGCUCAGGUCCAUGAGUCUGCCCAGAGGCUGUGCGCUGUGUUCACAGAUGUGGCACAGCAAUGCUUCAUUGAUGAAUUCCUGGAUCUGAGGCCGAUUGCGAUGCAUCAUAGCAAGCUUGCUUCGGUCAGCUCCUUUGAGUCGUGGAGGGAGGCAAUCAGAAAGGUGCGCCGAUUUUCGAGCAAAGUCCACCCAACUGGCAACCUCAUCAAGUUGGUCAUGAGGCUUGGUGCGUGGGAUGGUUGCACGACCACUGGAGUGGAAAGAGUAUUUGCGAAGCUUCGCAAGUGUGAGCGGUGCCUUUCAGAUGAGAACAGACGUUUGGAGCUGAAGAUGUUUUGGGAUUUUGACCGUAUUGGUUCUGAAGUCAACGCAACAGCUUCAACUAUUUGGCAAUCUCUUUACGGGGAGCAUCGCAAUGGGUCCUGUUCUCGCUUGGACAAGGGCGUCAAGAAAAAGAAUGUGGAUUCUGCCGGGACCGAGAAAUCGUUCAUUGCCAAGAGGCGGCGUUUGGCAGCCGCAGGCCCUCGAUCUGUUUCAGAUGUGCGGGAAGAGGCAAGACUUGCAGCCGCAGAUUUGAUCGAUGGUUCAGAAUCCAUGCAGCAAGAGAUCCUGUUUCAGCAGCAAAAGCAGUUCAAGAACCGGAUUCAAGGCUUCCUGGAUGGGGUUUUGCUUCAAAGUGAGAUCCCCGAAAGCAUGCAGGAAACAGCCCAGGCAUUUCUGGAGAAGCAGGAAGUGAAUGACAAGAAGAGGUUCCGCGCCAAAGAACUGCAGUGCAAGCAGCUUAGUCGAUCCACACCUCAGAUCCAAUCGAUUCACAAAGUUUGGCUGGAGGACGAGUCAUGGGCCGAAGAGUUCAAGACGAUCGCCGUCACUGCUGAUGCUGAUGAGGCAACCGUCAUGGCAAAGAAGGGUCAGGCGAAGGCGAAGGGUCAGCCGAAGGUGAAGGCGGCUGCAGCGGCCGUUGCUGUGGCAGUGGCCGCCAAUGCUGAGGCUGUGGCAGCUGAGCCAGUUAUGAACUUGGCGAAGCCUUCAGGCAUUGUGGCGGAUGUGAACCAACGCCACCUUUCCAACUUGGAGGACGCUUUGCAGGCCAUCAUGGCUCAUCCUCUCUUCAGCAACAUCAUGCACGAGACCCCGCCCAAGAUUGACAAGGACGCUGCAGACAACGAAGGUGGAAUGCAGGCUGGUUUCUGA